GUCACAUGUCGCGUUCAAUUUUUGCUCCUGGGAGAGGGUGCCCGGGACUUCGCCGGUUAUGUGACUACGACCGAGAUGGCCGAAUCGUACCUUGGGCGCCAACAGCACGAAGUUGCUGAGGGCAAGGAUGGGCUUUCCACGACGAGCACCCUCGGUGAACGUUUCCUGCUCUUCUGCCCUCGGGUGGAUCGAGAAGAAGGUCUUGGGGCCGAGCUCGCGAGAAUUGAACUGACACCAAUUGUGGGCUUUGGCGACUCGUUGCCGCUCACGCGCCAGUUCAACGAAAAUAUCCAUGUCGUGUUCCUGUGCUGGCAACCAGAGGGCGCGACCUUGGAUACCUCUGCUCUGACGUCGGAGUUCAUGCGAAGGUUGGCGGAGAUCCGCUUUCUCCCAAAGGGUGCGCGACCUCCGCUGACCUUGCUCAUGGUGAACUGCAACGAGAAACAGAGGGGAGUCGUCGAAAGUCUGAUGGCCAAGCAGAAGGAAAUGGAUGAGCCCUUGACCAUCGCUCAGAAAUUGGCCGAAUCGAACAGCGAGGACGAUGUGAUCACCGCCCUACAGCUGAUCUGUCGGGAUACGGUGUCUUUUAAGCCCAACGUGCGCUACACCCUCAGCAUGAAGGAUGAG